AUGACACACACAUACUUUCCUCUUUUUCAUCAUUUCUCAAAAUAGCAUUUCAUAAACAAACAAACACACACUUAGAUCCGAUAAUACCUUCUCUCUCUUCUUCUUCACACUCCAAAUCUCACUUCUCUCUCUUCACACAUUUUUAUCCCAACCCAGUAACUUCUUCAUUUCUCUUUCAUUCUUAUUUUUCAUAAAGUUUCUAUCUUUUCUUUGAUCUGGUACAUUUCACUAUCUGGGUUAGCCUUUGUAUCGGUGUGAGUCAAUAUCUUACACACUUUAGGAAGAAUCUGGAUCGUGAUAUUAAAUUUUAAAAUAUUGUGGUUGCUAGUUCAGGUUGUGUUUUGGAUGGUGAAUUUGGUGCUUCAUGUGUAUUGAAACAAAGAUCAAUGCUGUGAUCAGUUGUAUUUCAUAACUGAGCAGUGAAAAUUAUAUUUCGAUUCGUCUUACUUUCAACAUAUAAAUGUCGAGGGGCAGAUCUGAUGGAUCGCAAAAGAAGCGUUUAGUUGCUUCCGUUUGUGGUGUGGCGCUUUUUCUCGGUUUUCUAUACGUGUUCCAAGGAUCCAUCUUUGGUGGUCAAAAUAGUGGUUCAUCUACAGCUGAAUAUGGAAAGUCAUUGAAAAGACUCGGGGCAUCGUAUUUGGGUGCAGAUGAAGAUGCAGAUAACAAGCAACAAGAUGAAUCUUCGAGUUUAGUGCAGGGGGAUACGUUGGCUGAUGAUAUUGUACCGAAGAGUUUCCCUGUUUGUGAUGACCGUCAUUCAGAGUUGAUUCCGUGUUUAGACAGACAUCUUAUCUAUCAAAUGAGACUGAAGCUGGAUCUUUCUGUGAUGGAACACUACGAGAGACAUUGCCCUCCUGCAGAAAGGCGGUACAAUUGCUUGAUUCCUCCUCCCCCAGGAUACAAGGUCCCUAUUAAGUGGCCACAGAGCAGGGAGGAGGUAUGGAAAGUAAAUAUACCACAUACUCACCUUGCAAAAGAGAAGUCCGACCAGAACUGGAUGGUUGUGAAAGGUGAAAAGAUAUUUUUCCCUGGAGGAGGGACUCAUUUUCACCACGGAGCUGAUAAGUACAUUGCAGCAAUCGCAAAUAUGCUCAACUUUACCGACAAUAAUCUUAACAAUGAAGGAAGGCUGCGAACUGUUCUUGAUGUUGGCUGUGGUGUUGCAAGUUUUGGGGCGUAUCUUCUGGCAUCUGAUAUCAUUGCAAUGUCCUUGGCACCCAAUGAUGUGCAUCAAAAUCAAAUUCAAUUUGCUUUAGAAAGAGGAAUUCCUGCAUAUCUUGGUGUCUUGGGAACCAAGAGACUCCCUUACCCAAGUAGAUCUUUUGAACUUGCACAUUGUUCUCGUUGCCGAAUUGAUUGGCUUCAAAGAGAUGGAAUACUACUCCUUGAGCUAGACCGUGUUCUUAGGCCGGGAGGUUAUUUUGCAUACUCGUCUCCAGAAGCAUAUGCUCAGGACGAAGAGGAUUUAAGGAUAUGGAGAGAAAUGAGUGCUCUUGUCGGACGCAUGUGUUGGAGAAUUGCUUCAAAGAGAGACCAAACUGUCAUCUGGCAGAAACCUCUCACGAAUGAUUGCUAUAUGGAAAGAGAACCCGGUACUCGUCCUCCUCUUUGCCAGUCUGAUGAGGACCCAGAUGCAGUUUGGGGAGUGAAUAUGGAAGUUUGCAUAACACCUUACUCUGACCAUGACAACAGAGCACAGGGUAGUGAAUUAGCUCCAUGGCCUUCAAGGUUGACCAGUCCUCCUCCUAGAUUAGCUGACCUCGGCCUUUCAAGUGAAGUCUUCGAAAAGGACACGGAACUUUGGCAAAAAAGAGUUGAGAAUUACUGGAAUCUCAUGGGUCCAAAAAUCUCAUCGAACACUGUGAGGAACGUGAUGGAUAUGAAAGCAAACCUGGGUUCAUUUGCAGCUGCUCUUAAAGACAAAGAUGUUUGGGUGAUGAAUGUUGUACCGCCUUAUGGACCAAGCACCCUUAGAAUUGUAUUCGACAGAGGACUCAUAGGGACUACUCAUGACUGGUGUGAAGCAUUUUCAACAUACCCCCGAACAUAUGAUUUACUCCAUGCGUGGACCGUCUUUUCUGACGUACAAGCGAAAGAGUGCAGUCAAGAAGAUUUAAUACUCGAGAUGGACCGUUUGGUUAGGCCUACCGGUUUCAUAAUCAUCAGGGAUAAACAAUCUGUGAUUGAUUUUGUUAAGAAGUACCUAACAGCAUUGCAUUGGGAAGAAGUAGCAACUGCAGAUUCCAGUUCUGACUCUGACCAAGAUGGCAAUGAAAUUAUUUUUGUUAUCCAGAAGAAAUUGUGGCUCACUACUGAAAGCCUUAGGGAUGCAGCAGAAUAGGAGAAAAUCACAACUACAUGGUUUAUUUUUAUUUAAUUUUUUUUUUCUUUUCAUUUUCUCUUUAAUAUAUUCUCUGCUGUUACAAGGAAUUAACAGCAUUACAUGGCCAUUAGUUCUGGAAGCAGUAUAGCUACAACUACAUUUUGUAGCAUUACAUAAUGUUCUUUACAUUGUUAAAUUUCCUUCUUUUGGUUCUCAUUUCAUUUUCAUUCUUAUGGUCAUAAUGCAGGUUAUUUAUUAAGCCUUAGGCCUAAUGUUUCCAUUGGAUAUUCAUUAUUCUGCCCUUAAAUUUUGGUAUAAUGUAAGCUACUUUAAUAAUCAACACAUAGUAGAUUGUCUUUGUGGUGAAAAAGCUAGGAUUUAUCAUUAUUAUGUAAUAUUUAUACAUGGAUUUUAUUCUGCUUGGAUUGAG